ACCCGGCACAAUUGAAAGCGGAAGUGUUGAACGAAGCAGGAUUUACGCCUAUCUCGACUUUUCUUCGAGUUUCAUUUACACUGGGCUUGAUCUAGUAAAUCUUUGGAAGUUAAGCUUCUAAAACUCAAUCGAUAAAGCUUCAAACUAUGGGCUCACAGCUAGAAAAACAAGAUGACAAGGUUGUAGGAAAUGAGGAAUACCCCAAAGCUGUAAGAGAAAAUGGAAUCUUUAAAAUACCUUGGGGAGGAACAAAUCCAUCAGGACUAACAGCACUGAAAUGGUUCAUGACUUCAACAAACAGAAGUGGUUUACCAGGAUUCAUGGUUUCAAGUUUCUAUAAUUAUGACAAUGAGGAAUUAAACACCAAUCUACCAGUUCUGUCUCCAAACAAAGCUGCUUUAAAUUCUCCUCCACCUGAUGGUCUUCAAGUCACCUGGAUUGGUCAUGCCACUGUCCUGGUACAGAUGGACGGUCUCAAUAUUCUCACAGACCCAGUCUUUAACAGCUACUGUGGAAUGACUCGCAUGGUAGGCGUGAAACGGUAUCGUCCCCUCCCUUGCACUGUGGAUGAACUUCCAGACAUUGAUGCUGUGUGUAUCAGCCAUAACCAUUAUGAUCAUCUUGAUCACACAACUGUCUGUGAUCUAAACAAGAAGUUUGGUAACAAAAUCCAUUGGUAUGUGCCAAUGGGGCUUCAUAAAUGGAUGUCAGACUGUGGCUGUGAAAAUGUUGUAGAACUUCAGUGGUGGAAUGAACAUUUUCAUCCAAAAUUCACAGAUCAGGACAAAGCAGUCAAGUUUGCUUUUACUCCAGCACAACACUGGUGUCGCAGAGGAAUAAAUGACAACAACAAGGUUCUUUGGGGAAGUUGGUCAAUCAUAGGUCCACAACACAGAUUUUUCUUUGCCGGUGACACUGGUUACUGUCACAUAUUUAAACAAAUAGGCAAGCGAUAUGGUCCAUUUGAUCUGGCAGCCAUACCUAUUGGAGCGUAUGCACCAAGAGGGCUUAUGCAGUUCCAACAUGUUGAUCCUCAAGAAGCAGUUGAGAUACAUGAAGAUGUCCGGUCAAACUUCUCUCUUGGCAUUCAUUGGGGAACCUUUAAUUUGUCAUAUGAGCAUUAUCUUGACCCACCAAAAGAACUGAGUGCGACACUGGACAGAAAAGGAAUUCCACAAACAGAAUUUCACACCAUAAAACAUGGAGAGACCAAAGUUAUCACAAGUGAAGUUACAAAACAGGCUCAAGCACGACGCAGUGCUGUUGUCUUUGAAUCCUCGCACUAAAAAUAAAUGUCCACAAAAAAAUAAUAACUUAGUAUUAACCAGACAUGAUGGCUAUACUGGGGAAUAUUUGCCUGAGGUUGUGACAGUACAGAUCAAUAAGUGCAGUGAGGUCUGUAUGAAAAUGACCAAGGACUAUAAUUCCCCUGUGCGACUCGAGCAAGCAAGGUUAAUAACUAAUUUAUUUAUGGCACCCAAACCAAACUUGUUUAUUUUUAGUUUGCUGGCUUGCAAGAACAAAAAUACAUGGUUUAUGGCUGUAUAUAAAGGUCUGUAUAGCAAACUCUGGACCAAGUAAGAACCCAUUAAAACACUGGUUUACCUCAAGACUACAGUGCCAUUUAAUAAUUAAUUAAUACAGAAGAUAUCAUAGAUAUAUAUCCCUUUGUUGUAAGGGGUCAAGUUUGAAAAGUUUGUAGAUUAUAGUGCUUGAACUUUUAUGAAUCUAAAAAUGUGUACAGUUGGAGAUUUACUAAAGGUCAUCCAGGAAAAAUAUUGUUUGCAUGAGACAAAACAAAUAUUUGAGGAUUUGAAAAUGUUGAUUUGCUCUUUAAGAGCUUUAAAUUAUCUCAAAUUCUAGUU